AUGUCCAACCUUCCCUCUGAGCCCGAGUUCGAGCAGGCUCGCAACGAGCUGGCCACCACACUCGCUCCUUUCCUGGAGCAGUACCCGGAAUACAACAAGGCGUUUGAGAUUGUUCAGAUCCCCGAGCGCAUCAUCCAGUUCCGUGUGGUCUGGGAGGACGACAACCACGUCUCACAGGUAAACCGCGGUUACCGUGUUCAGUUCAACUCGGCGCUCGGUCCUUACAAGGGAGGUCUUCGUCUGCACGAGACCGUCAACCUGUCCGUGCUCAAGUUUUUGGGUUUCGAGCAGAUCUUCAAGAACGCCCUAACCGGUCUCAACAUUGGUGGUGGUAAGGGUGGAAGCGACUUCAACCCCAAGGGCAAGAGCGAUGGUGAAGUGCGUCGAUUCUGCAAGGCCUUUGCUACCGAGCUGCAGCGACACAUUGGUCCCAACACCGACGUACCCGCCGGUGACAUUGGCUUCUCGACGCGUGAGGCCGGUUUCGUGUUUGGAACGUACAAGCAGCUUCGAAACGAAUGGACCGGUGUGAUCACCGGUAAGGCGUUGGACUGGGGUGGAUCCAACAUCCGUCCUGAAGCCACUGGCUACGGUCUGAUCUACUACGUCGAGCACAUGAUCAACCACGUCGAGCAGGGCACCAACGGCUUCAACGGCAAAAAAGUCGUCAUCUCAGGAUCCGGUAAUGUGGCACAGUACGCUGCGCUCAAGGUACUCGAACUCGGAGGCACCGUGCUCUCGCUUUCCGACUCAAAGGGUUCUCUGAUCGCCAAGGACACUAAGGGCUUCACCGCCGAGAUGAUCUCCAAGAUCGCCGAGAUCAAGUACAAUCGUGGUGAGCUCGAGUCGUUCGGUACCGCUUCCGGUGCGCUCGAGUGGCACGCCGGUGCUCGCCCUUGGAAGCUGUUCUCGUCGUACGACGUUGCGCUGCCGUGCGCCACGCAAAACGAGCUGAAUGCCGACGAGGCCAAGUUUUCGCUCUCGGCCGGCUGUCGUUACGUCGCCGAGGGUUCCAACAUGGGUCUCGACCAAGCCGCCAUCGACGUGUACGAACAAUCGCGUAUCACCGACCCCUCGAAAGCGUGCUGGUACGGUCCCGGAAAAGCUGCCAACUCGGGCGGUGUCGCCGUCUCUGGCCUGGAAAUGGCGCAAAACUCGGCGCGCCUCACGUGGUCCCCCGAAGAGGUUGACCAGAAACUCAAGGACAUUAUGAAAAACGCCUACGAGAACUGCUUCAAGACCGGCCAGGCUUUCCCUGCCAAGAACGACAAGGUCGCCGACAAGCUGCCCAGCUUGGUCGGUGGUGCCAACAUUGCUGGCUUCAAGAAGGUUGCCGACGCCAUGAAGCAGCACGGCGACUGGUUCUAG